UCCUCCAUCGCUUCACUUCCCUUCCUCCCUCUCCUCGCAUCUCUCCCUCUCUCACACACUCACUCACUCACACUUCCCUCUCCAUCCUCUCCAGCCCACCAGAAGCUGUGAAUGGGAGACAGCUCCUCGUAUUUCGCUCCGCUCAGUCAGAGUGGAGGCUGAGCAGAGCGCACGGACACACAGGCUGCGACCUCCUGGCGUCAUGUAACCAGUGUUCUGGAGGCUCAAACAAAGCAAAACAUGGAUUAAACAGCAAGUGGUUUUUCACUUUACUUCGGAAGAGCUCAAAUGGCGGCACUUCGUAGAAAAUUUGGCGAGGACUACCAGGUGGUGAACACAAACCGGGCGACCACCUUUGCCGCGCCGGUGAAGAAGAAGCGCCAGCGCUUCGUGGACAAGAACGGUCGCUGCAACGUGCAGCACGGAAACCUCGGCGGAGAGACCAGCAGGUACCUCUCUGACCUCUUCACCACUCUGGUGGACCUCAAGUGGCGAUGGAACCUGCUCAUCUUCAUCCUCACCUACACGAUCGCCUGGCUGGUGAUGGCAUCCAUGUGGUGGAUCAUCGCGUACAUCAGGGGAGAUCUGAACCACGGCCACGACUCGUCCUACACCCCGUGCGUGGCCAAUGUUUACAACUUCCCCUCCGCUUUUCUGUUCUUCAUCGAGACCGAGGCCACUAUCGGCUACGGCUACCGGUACAUCACGGAGAAGUGUCCGGAGGGCAUCAUCCUCUUCCUGUUCCAGUCGCUGCUGGGCUCCAUAGUGGACGCGUUUCUCAUCGGCUGCAUGUUCAUCAAGAUGUCCCAGCCGAAGAAACGCGCGGAGACGCUCAUGUUCAGUCAGGACGCGGUGAUCUCUCAGAGGGACGGGAAGCUGUGCCUCAUGUUCCGCGUGGGGAACCUGCGGAACAGCCACAUGGUGUCCGCUCAGAUCAGGUGCAAACUCAUAAAGUCUCGUCAGACACCCGAGGGCGAGUUCCUGCCUCUGGACCAAUGCGAACUGGAUGUCGGCUUUGGGACGGGUGCAGACCAGCUCUUCCUGGUGUCCCCUCUCACCAUUUGCCACGAAAUCAAUCCCAAGAGCCCCUUUUUCGACCUGUCUCAGCGCUCUCUCAUGAACGAACAGUUUGAGAUUGUUGUCAUCCUCGAGGGCAUCGUGGAGACCACAGGUAUGACAUGCCAGGCACGGACAUCGUAUACAGAGGAUGAGGUUUUAUGGGGCCAUCGCUUCCUGCCGGUGAUGUCCCUGGAGGAGGGUUUCUUCAGGGUGGACUACUCUCAGUUCCACAGCACCUUUGAGGUACCGACACCACCGUACAGCGUCAAGGAGCAUGAGGAGAAGAACUCACUGCCCUCACCUCUGUCCACACCCACCCCCACACUGACUGACAGCCAUGGCGCCCGGCGCGACCGCGUGUUUUCCGUGGAUUGCAUCAACACAUCAGAGGAAAGGGGCCGUCAAGGGGGGGCUGGGGGUCGCCUGCCAAGCAAGCUGCAGAGAAUGAGUUCAUCUGGGAAGGAGGACCUGCAGAGGAAGGUGCUUCUGCUCAGCUCGCAUCACUCAGAGAAGGCUUGCAGCACAGGAGACCUGCCCCUGAAGCUCCAACGCCUCAGCUCCUCGACGGGACCAGAGGCGGAGAAUCGGCUGCAACUCAAGUCCCUCAAGGUGGGCUUCGAACCCAUGACUCAGUCUACCGGAGACCUGUACCAGCACAGCCUAGCGCCCACGCUGUCCCCUGCUCCAGUCCCCAUGCACAGCCCACUGCUCUCAGCUGGGCGGCCCGAGGACAACCUGCCUGCGAAGCUGCGGAAGAUGAACGCUGACCGCUAAAGAAUUCCACUGACCUCCAUCCACAGACAGACAGGAGGAGACAUGCAUGGAAACAGAUUCAGAGAUGUCCUCUGAAAAAAAACAAAAAAACUGAUGGUUUACUGACAAUUGAUUUUCUUUUUCUUGAGACACAACCUUUUACUGGAACUACUGUGAUUUUUUUGUGUUUCAUAGGGGAGGCAUUCAUGCAGGCUUUGUUACACACAAAACAAGAAGAAAACACCAUGCUUAACGCAAACUUGAUCAUCCUGCGACAAUUGUGCACGUAUACACUAAAUCCAUUGUUUAUUGUAUGCACCACUACACUUAAUAGUCAAUCUUAGUUUUAUUGAAAUAUAAAUUAUAUUAUGAUUAUAAUAAAUGCCAUUUGAUCUUUC